AUGCUUACUAUAACUAGUUAUUUCGGUUUUCUAUUGGCUGCUUUAACUAUAACCCCAGCUUUAUUUAUUGGUUUGAACAAGAUACGUCUUAUUUGA